UACCGCAGACGCCUACCUAUGGACCUACUCAUAGAAAAAUGGGUACAACACUGCAAACGAAUCGAAUACAAGGGUCACCAACAUCUGCACAUAUUCCUCAAUUCAUGGAUCAGAGGAAUACAUCUGGAUCGUCAUCACAGCCUCAAUAUUGGAAUAGAUAUCCAACAGAAAAUGGCCCAGGUUGUCCAUCGAUACAUUCAUCUCCCUCAGGACUGAUACAUGAGCAAGG